AUGGUACCACGCAACGUCCGAUCCGAGGCAAAUCAAGUCUCGUCACGUAACUCUUCAUCGCCAUAUGAUUGGAGAGACGUACAGACUGCGCUCUCAAGCCAUGUCAUACAUGCAAGUUCGCCAGGCUCUCCUACCAGCCGUUCAACACGCCAGAGUACGCCAAAGACCAACAAAACCCCAUACAUAACCAAAGACAACGCCCAUGAAUUCACCCCGACAAGCACCAUCCUCGUGGGCCCCAAACACACACCUUUCCACCUGCACACCCACCUCCUAACCCAACACUCGUCCUACUUCCGCGCCGCCCUCGGUGGCCCCUUCAUCGAAUCAACCACAAACACCAUCACCCUCUCCGACAUCUCCCCCUCCCACUUCUCCCUCCUAGUAACCCACCUCUACACCUCCCGCAUCCCGCACCCCUUCAAAGAGGGAAAACCAGCCUACUACACCCUGCUCCACAGCUAUGCCCUCGCCGACCGCCUGGGUCUCGAAGCCGCGCGCAACGCUAUCAUCGACACGUUAAGCGCAUUAGCCGACUCAACGAAUAGCGUGCCGACGCCGUCGGAUACGUGGAUGUUGUACGAUGAGAUACGGGAAAAUGCACCGGUGAGGCGGUUAGUCAUUGAUCUUUUUGUGUUCAAGAAGACGGAUCGGUUGGUCGAGGGGCAUCCCGAGGAGUGGCAUCCAGGUGAAGUUGUCAAGUGA